AUGAUGGCUACAAUACAAGGAAAAGCAUCAAGGGCUCAAAUUGUAGCACCUGCGUGGAAACAAAAACCGGUGCAAAACCAAAAUCAGGAAGAAAUCGAAAAGGAGAAAGGUGCUUCAACAUCAGGGCUAACGGAGAAAGAAAAGGAGCACAUUCCAAUGGACAUACCAAGUACUGUCUCUCCGCAGCAACAGAAUUCUUCGGCUAAAAGAAGGUUCACUAAGGAACAGUUAAAUAUAGUGCUGGAGAAGAAUAAAAUGGAGGAAAAUCUCGCUGAUCCUUGGGAAGAAGAAGUGCUAAUUAAUAAGGAAAAUCGGGAGCAGGAGCUUGUACUUUAUCAGGAUCCGGAAAAAACAAUUAAACUUUCUGAUCGAUUCCAAGUUCUGUCAGAAUUGCUCGAAGAUGAUGAGUUUUCAGAGAUGGAAGAAAAUCAGGAUGAACAGCAAAUUAAUCAUGAUUCGGAUGGAUCGCAUUCAGAUACUGAAGAAGCUUACUCAGAACUCCAACGUGACACAUAUGGAAAAACAGUCGAGACUUCAGCUGUGAAUGAUAUGGCGAUCGUCAAGCUAACUACUGUUCCAGAAAUGGAGGAUGCUAGACUGGUUGUUUUGGAUGGUGAGGAGAAAAAGAAAAAACCAGGACGUCCUAAGGGCUCAACGAAAUCAGUAAAGCAAGUUAGCUCCAAAACUCGUUCUUGGGCAGGGCUCAACGGUGAUCUCUCUUCCAAAAUUUCUCAAUGA